UCAGAUAGCCAACAACACCACCAUAUAAAUACCUCUUCUUCUUUGCAUCUUUACGUUUCAGAGUUUUUCUAUAUCUUCUCUUCUAUCAUCAACAUCAAGCCAACCGCCGCCAAUUAUGUCUCUCCCAACUUCUUCUCUAUCGAAGAAGAUCACCCUCAGAUCCUCCGACGAUGAGAUAUUUGAAGUAGAUGAAGAAGUCUUAUUGGAGUGCCAAACCAUCAAGCACAUGAUAGAUGAUGGCUGUGCCAACUCAAUCAUCCCAUUGCCGAAUGUGACCGGAAGAAUAAUGGUGAAGGUCAUAGAGUACUGCAAGAGGCACCUGGAGGUGGCUGAAGAUAAGGAUGAGAUUUUCCCCAUAGAUGGGCAUCAAGCGCUCAAGGACUGGGAUACUGAGUUUGUGAAAGAAGUUAAGAAAGACCACACUGUUCUCUUUGGCUUGAUAAUGGCCGCAAACUAUCUGGACAUGAAGAACUUGAUGGAUUUAUUGUGCAAAAGCGUGGCUAAUUUUAAUUAACAUACAAAUACAUAACCAUGAGA